AGGAGCCCACUUGUCAUGGAGCUGUCAAAACCUACCCUGAAAGGCCUAGAAUCCCUCCAGGAUUCAACAACCAUCGAUGACAACACAUUAGAAAAAUUAAUCGAUUUUGUUUCUCUGAGUUUGACAAAAAAAAUCGACUCCACAGAUCUCUCGAGAUUUUAUGAAUCUGCAAAACCCCAUGUCAUAAAAUCCGCCUACACUGACAUAACAAGUCUCUUCGUGGAGUCAGCAAGACACAAAUAUGACACCGAAAAUUUAUCUACUUACCUGCACUCGCAGAAAUUAUUUGGCAGUCGAAUGGAAAAAUUGUGUGACGCAUAUAAAAAUUGCAAAGACUCUCUGAUAUUGCAGUUGAGUACCAUCGGAAAUUCACUCCCUUGCGUAAUAGAUUUAGACUGGAGGCUUGACUACUGCAUCAAGUCGAACACUGAUAAUGACGUGGGUGAGUGCAUUUACCACAUUCGACUGAGUACAAAGAAGCUAAAUAAAAUUGAUUAUCUCAAUUUUACGUGUUCACUCCAUCAACUUCAGGAAUUAGUUUAUAAAUUGAAAGAUGCUGCAAGACACAUGGAGAAACUUUCCACUACAUGACCCAACAGAUGGGCAUACUCAAAUUAAUUGAAUAAAGAUAAUAACAGGUUUUUUUUUUCAGACAUUUAUUUGAUCCAUCACUAAUUAUUAUACUUGUUGUGAUGAUACAACUAUAUACAGGAUAACGCAGUGCUCAAAAGAAAUCAGUAAAAGAUUACCAAUUAAACUCGACAGGAAAACAUCUCCCUCAUUCAGUCCAUAAUUGUGUAUAUAUUCUUCAAAUAGUCCCCCCAACACUCACUCUCUUGAAUUAUGAUACAUUAGUACAUACACUAAAUCAAUAAAAUCUUAAUCACUAAAAAAAAA